GUUAUGAAAAAAACAUACACCUCCCAGCUCUUUUGACAAGGUUGUGUAAAUGUAGAACUGAUCUGGGUGGAGGAACAAAGGACUAAAGAUGGGAAGUUGCAGCUAGUUGGUUAAGUGAACAAGUCUUCUUGUAUCUAUUGAUUAUGUUUUUAUACUUGUCCAGGACAUGCUAUCGGGGAACCCUCAAGGGAUCGUUUUACUUUAUCUCCAGGUUGUAAAAUGGAAGAUGGGGACAUCACAGGAGAUGCAGAAGAAAAGACAAUGGGCUCAUCUGAUGAUAGAGUAGUUCACAGUGUGGAUAGACCAUCAAAUCCUUCUGACUCUGAGCAACCUCAUGCUGUGAGGGAUGGUUCCGGAAUUCAAGGGGAGGAACAAUUUUCCUGUCCUGGAUGCGGGGAAAGUUUUGCCUCUGAAUCAAGUCUUACUGUACAUCAGAGGUCUCACACUGGCGAGAAGCUUUAUUCCUGUUCUGAGUGCGGGAAAUGUUUCCUUCAUAAAUCAGAACUUGUCAUACAUUGCAGAUCUCACAUGGGCAAGAAGCAAAACUCCUGCUCUGAAUGUGGAAAAUGUUUUACACGGAAAUCACAUCUUGUUAGACAUCAAAGGUCUCACACAGGGGAGAGGCCCUAUCUCUGCCCUGAAUGCGGGAAAUGUUUUUUACAUAAAUCAAUCCUUGUUGUACAUCAGAGGAUUCACACAGGGGAAAAGCCGUAUUCCUGUCUCGAGUGUGGGAAAUGUUUUGCACAUAAGUCAGGCCUUUUUACUCAUCAGAGAUCUCACACAGGGGAGAAGCCGUAUUCCUGCACCGAAUGUGGGAAAUGUUUUACAUGGAAAAGACUUCUUGAUAGACAUCAGGUAUCUCACACAGGGGAGAAGCUGUAUUCCUGCACCGAGUGCGGGAAAUGUUUUUCACUGAAAUCAACUCUUGUUAGACAUGAGAGAUCACACACAGGUGAGAAGCCAUAUUCCUGCACCGAGUGCAGGAAAUGUUUUUCGCUGAAGUCAGUUCUUGUUAGACAUCAGAGAUUGCACACAGGGAAGAAGCCAUAUUUUUGCCCGGAGUGCAGUAAAUGUUUUCUACACAAAUCAGGCCUUGCAAUACAUCAGAGAUCUCACACAAUGGAGAAGCCGUAUUCCUGCUGUGAGUGCGGAAAAUGUUUUGCAUGGAAAUCAAAACUUGUUUUACAUCAGAAAUUUCACACUGGAGAGAAACCAUAUUCCUGCUCCAAGUGUGGAAAAGGUUUUACACAGAGAUCAGACCUUGUUAAACAUCACAGAUCUCACAGAGGGGUGUAGGGAGAGGUCGAAUAUUCCUGAGUUCCUUGCUCCUAAGUUUUGAAUGCUAAUCUGGAUCCCAUUGAAGUCAAUGAAAGCAGAAUCUUUGAAAUCAAUUUAGUCCAUUUCUAAGACUAAAGGGCAAGACAUUGUCAAAGGGCAUGGGGAGCUUGGCACUGCCCUGGGGGAUAUGGAGAUGUAUAGCAGAAAACUACAGACCAGUCAGCCUAACAUCAAUAGAAUGUAAGGUAUUUCAGGGAAUGGUAAGGGACUCUAUACAGAAAAUUUUCUGUGAUAAAAGAAUAAUAAGUGACAUCAGAUGUAGAUUUAUGAAAGCCUGUUCUUGUCAGACCAACCAGUAAUUAUUCUUUGAAGAAGGAAGUGAGAAAUGGUGGAAGUCCAGUGGACGGAGGUUAUCUAGAUGUUGUACCUCCAUAAACAUUUAUUUUAUAAAAUUAAAAUCUGUUGGAGUUAAUGAAAUUUAUGUACACGGAUUUAAAACUGUUUACAUAAACGGGUCCUGAGAGUAGUGAUAAAUUACUCAUUCUCUGGAUGGUGGGCCCAGGAGUUCUGUCUUGGGGCCAAUGCUCUACAAUUCGUUUUUUAAUGAUAUAGAAGUUAGCAUCAAGAGCUCAAUUUAGGUGAUUGCUGAUAAUACCUGUUGGACCUCCGCUAUGAGGAUUGAUUACAAUUAUUCACUCUGGAGAGGAGAC